AUGUUUUGGGCAAUUCUCUUAGCUAUACUUUUUGUCUAUUCGGAUGGAGCUGGGAAAUGUCCCGAAGGAUCGACCGACUACGGAGAUCGGGCAGAAUGUGUGUAUCCGGUGAAUGCAAAAACAAAUUACACCGUCGCCAAGCAGAUCUGCCGAAAUUUUAACGGCCAAAUCAUCAUAGUCCGUGACAUCUUUGAGAAUGUGAUUGCCGGAUCCCAGGCUGCUCUAUCAAUUGCGGCCAAUAGUCAAUCGUACAUUGGUGUGAUGAAUGCGAACGGAACAUGGAUCAAUGAUGAUGGAACACCGCUCGUUUAUCAGAAUUGGAAAGCAGGUCAUCCGCAAACAAAUGCAAGUUGUGCUGUGGAAAGCGCUCAAGACUAUAAAUGGACAUCAGUCUCCUGUGAUGCUCUGCAUACGUUUAUUUGUUCGAUUCCCGAUCGAAAUUGUCCAAACGGAUGGGUCGCCCACGACAAGAUGUGCUACUACUUUUACGAUCCCAAAUUGGCUCUUAUGAAUCAAACAUUUACCAGAAUGCAGGGGCAAAAUGCUUGCCUGGCAAUGAACGCUAAUCUCACCUCAAUUCUAAGUGAAUCUGAGUUCAACUUUUUGAAAGAUCAAAUUGCAACUAAUUCUUCGAUGAUUAGCAGUCAAAGUUGUCAGAACCCCCAAGCUCUAAUUGGACUAACCUGUGUGGAUAACAUCCGUUCAUGGCUCGAUGGAUCACAGUUUGCUUACGACCAAACUCUAUCCCAGUGCGACUCGAGUUAUGGGAUAAUUAACGAUACCCGUUGUGAACGGAGCGCAUAUUGGGAUUAUUGGCCCGACGACUUUGGAUAUUAUCGCUACAUUUGCAAAAAGAGUCUUGUUUCCAGCUUUGAUCUUCUGAAAGCACAUUUCGAA